GAGGCCGCAAACUUCCUCUCGAAAUUCCAUUCUUACGAAACUUUAAAUACACAAUAACGUAGGGUUAAAAAGCUGAUUACAGUUUCAAACUUUAUCUAUUUUUUUCCAUUAGCACGCCUUUCUUCGCAAAGUACUUUUAAAGCCAUUUACCCUAGAUUAGAACUUUGCCUUAAUGGCCCUCACCACUACUCACGAAGCAAAAUAAGAAAACAAGGACAGGAAAAUACUUGAUUAAAACUAAAAGAUGCAAAAACUGAUGAAAAGUUACAAGAUGUCUAGUAGCAAGUGAAUGAAAAGUCGAGGUUUUCAACAGGUGGCCAAGCGGAUCGAUGAUUCACGGAUCCUCCGAAGACUUCAAAGUUCUCGAAAUACCUUUAGCUGAAGAUGCUCUGUAAUAAGAACCUCUUUGAUCAGAAAGCACUCGCAGACUUUCUAUUAAUUUAGAGCAAUUGGUCCUUCGCUUUGAGGAUCAAGAUGAUCCGCCACUGGAUCUUGUUUCCAUCUUUACUGAGCUCCGUCAACUGAAUUUCAUCUGAUCAGAUAAUGAGUAACCAGAUCAUGAGUACUGCGGAAUUACAAGAUGGUUACAAUGCAAGUAUCAACGAAACCGAAGAUUACACAUCGAAACUAGAAGUGCAAAUUGCAUUUUACUUUAUCUAUGCGUCGAUAUUCCUCCUCGGAAUUUGCGGGAAUGCGCUUGUGUGUUUUGUGGUGGCGCGAAAUAAACAGAUGCAUACAGUGACAAAUUUGCUGAUAACAAAUCUAGCUCUGAGUGAUAUUCUCUUGUGUGUUUUGGCAGUGCCCUUUACACCUUUGUACACUUUCAUGGGUGCGUGGGUUUUUGGGUCUACCUUGUGUUGUUUGGUACCAUAUGCCCAGGCAGUGAGUGUUUAUAUCAGUACCUUCACUUUAACCAGUAUAGCGAUUGAUCGAUUUUUGGUGAUCUUGUACCCAUUCCGACCCAGAAUGAAGAUUAAGGCAUGCACAAUUGUGAUUGUGGGAAUUUGGAUUGUGGCUGGGUUGCUCUCUUUGCCAUAUGGAUUGUUCAGGCAGAUGGACAGGAAUGAAACAUUUUGCGAAGAAAAUUUCCCGAGUGAAAGCUUUAGAAGGGCUUAUAGCACGAUUACGACCAUUUUACAAUUUAUUGUACCCUUCUUGCUUAUUACAGUGUGCUACAUUUUCGUGUCGUUUAGACUUAAUUCGCGAAGUAGAAUGAGACCAGGGUGCAACACUAGUCGAAGAGAGGAAGCUGAUAGGGAAAGGAAGAGGAGGACCAAUAGGAUGCUUAUUUCGAUGGUGGCAAUUUUUGGAAUCUCAUGGCUUCCCUUAAACAUUAUCAAUGUCGUGGAGGAUUUCUACUCCAAGGCUAACGACUGGCUACCUUUUAAGUCUUGUUUUUUUCUUGCACACUUCAUUGCCAUGAGCAGCACUUGCUACAAUCCAUUCCUCUAUGCUUGGCUCAAUGAAAACUUCCGAAAGGAAUUCAAACAGGUUCUACCCUGCUUUUCAAGAGGAACGAGUGAUGGCACGUCUCGUAAUACCGAAUGUGGUAGAAGUGAGCGAAUGUAUAACGGUAAUGACACCGUCCAAGAAAGCUUGCUUCCAGUUCCAACAUUAAAGCAGAAUAAUUCGAGUUGUGAGAUGAUUUCCUUAGAGCCCAUAAAUAACGAAGCUUCUAAGGACCAGAAGAAUUAGCUGUCCAGCGAUUUAGAACACCCCUAGAGCGUCUUUCCUUCAACACGAGACUUGCGUAAUUUACAAAAUAGAUUACCUAUCAUUUAAUUUUGGAAUUUGGAGGCCUCGAUUUGUCAACCAAUUCUGAAAUUGAAUGCAGCCAAAAGUGGACGCCUUUGAAAGAGAUGAAUACGAUCAUCCAAAAAGGACAUGAAGCAUCAAAAUUAAACUUCAAGUGAUGUACGCUACUAUAGACAUAAAUUAGAAAUCGAUUUAGUGACUGCCCAAUUCUCAGCACAUGUGCAAACCUUGUAAAAAGCACGGAAAGAGAAAUAGAUUUCAAAUUAUGUAGAAAAUAGGAACAAAAUUGAUAUGUAACCAAAAUUAUCUAGUGAAUUGUAAAAUAAUAGUAAUUUAUAUUCGAGUUUCUUAUUUGUAAAAAUGAAAU